GGGGGGGUUGGUGUCUCGUCUCGGAGAGCCGCGCGCUUCCUGCUCCGCGGCUGAGCGUCCGCGCGCCGCGAUGGGGAAGGUGGUGCUGGUCACCGGGGCGAGCAGCGGCGUCGGCCGAGCGCUGUGCCAGCGGCUGCUGCAGGAGGACGCCGGGCUGCGCCUGUGCUUGGCCUGCAGGAACCCGCGCCGCGCCGAGGCCGCCCGCGCCGCGCUGCUGGCCGCCUGCCCCUCCGCGCAGGUCAGCGUCGUGCAGGUGGACGUCGGCGACCUGCGCUCCGUGCUGCGGGCCGCGCGGGAGCUCCGGCACAGGUUUCAGAGGAUAGACUGUGUGUAUCUAAAUGCUGGGAUCAUGCCCAACCCACACCUGAAUGUCAGAGCACUUUUCUCGGGUAUCUUUUCAAGAAAAGCGAUUCAUAUGUUCUCCACAGCUGAGGGGCUGCUGACGCAGGACGACAAGGUCACUGCCGACGGGCUCCAGGAGGUGUUCGCCACCAAUGUCUUCGGCCACUUUAUCCUGAUUCAGGAGCUGGAACCUCUGCUCGGUCACAGCGACAGCCCGUCGCGACUCAUCUGGACGUCCUCUCGCAACGCGAGGAAGUCCAACUUCAGCCUGGAGGACUUCCAGCACAGCAGGGGCCAGGAGCCCUACAGCUCCUCCAAAUAUGCCCUGGACCUUCUGAGUGUGGCUCUGAACAGGCACUUCAGCCAGCGGGGCCUGUACUCCAGCGUGGCGUGCCCGGGGACGAUGCUGACCAACUUGACCUACGGGAUUCUGCCGCCCUUUCUCUGGACCCUGAUGAUGCCGAUCAUAUGGCUGCUCCGCUUUUUUGCAAACGCCUUCACUCUGACGCCGUACAAUGGGGCCGAGGCGCUGGUGUGGCUCUUCCACCAGAAGCCCGAGUCCCUGAACCCGCUGAGCAAGUACCUGAGCGCCACCACGGGCUUGGGAAGCAGCUAUGUAACGACCCAGAAGGUGGAUUUCUGCUACUUAUCCUUAAAAUCUCAGCACGUGUCCCAGCCUCCGGGACCCUCUAGACGGGGUCGGCGCCUCCAUUACAGGCUGUCCCAAUGGCUCCUGCCGCUGUGUGCAGUGCUUGCUCAGCGUGGGCUCCCCUGUGAGCCAGCUUCAGGUCGGGGGUUGGCGCCUGUCUCUAAAAAUGAGCCUGUGAAGCUCCAGCGUUUUCCACAAUCAGCUCUGGGGACGCUGGCUCCUCGACGAGUUGCAAAGAAACGACGAGUUGCAAAGAAACGGUGCCUCGGACAAGUAAGCUUGAGAAAUGUUCCCUCGCGGAGAUGGUUAGCCUGGUGACGGCUGUGAGAGGUGACACAGAUGUGAGACGUGUUUAAAACAGGGGUUUUCAAAUCGUCGUAACUGUUGUGACUUUUCUUCUUCAGAUGUGACAGGACACUUAGUGACCCCAAAGAGCCCUCCUUGGGAGUGCGAUUGUAAAUGAGAAAGCCGGAAGCCCUCAGAGCGCGUUUGCAGGGCCUGCCUGUUAACUUGAGGGAGUGCCGGUUACUGGGGGUGAGACGGUUACUUCUGUGCGCCUGUCGAAGAACGCUUAACCUCCGAUUAGUGCGGGGAGGUCGCCUUCUCUGCCGAAAGGUGGGGCUGAGCUGGACAGAUCCCUAAGCUGCUUCCAGUGUGGGAAUGGAUAGAAAUGCUAUUUCCAGAAUGUUAAAAAGGUGUUUUAAAAUUUCAAGUUUUGUGCAGAAAGACUGUCUCUGAGGUUUAGACUCUGCGUUGACUUGGAUCAGUUACCGCUUUAUGUUAUAGUGGCUGAAAGUGCUUUUCCGUCGUGCGUGUCAGGGAAGAUCGGGCUUUCUUCAUGAAACAAGGUAAAACGCCAGCGGGUUACGCAGGAUGGAAGCCGAGAUUGUGCGUGUGGACGAGCACGUGGGAGAGACGGCCUUGGGCUGGCAUGGCCGCUCCCCAGACGGCAGGCACUGAGGCUCCUUGUCACCGCUCUGCCAUCCCUGGGGUGACACCCUCGUUCUCGUGGCUGAAGAGAGCAGAGCGGGCCCCCUUCCUUUCAAGGACGCCUGGGAGGCGCUGCACAGCCAUCCAUCGGGUCGUUGGCCAAAGCUCAGGCACUCACCGCCCACUGGCCUGGGCGGGGGCUGGCGUGUCGUCCUCCUUGGAGGGCAGGGAGCUGCCAGCACCAGGGUCUUUGACUGAAGAAGGUGAAUGGUAGGAGGUCGGUGGCAGUUGGAAUUAAAAGGCAAACGUCUUGAUUGUUCUCAUUGGGCCCUUUGCCCGAGUUGGUUGAUGUAUUUUGUGACUGGGUCCCAGGAGCUGGAGGACAGCAGGGCUGGACCUUCCAGUCUGGCUGUUUAGGGAGAGUCAGUGGUUCGCUGAGUGUCGGGGCUGGACGGAGAGCCGGCAUGCCCUCGGGAUCUUGGGGUUCGGAUGCCACAGCCCUUCUUCCUCUCCCAGUUCUCUUAUGCACAUCGGAGGCCUCCCUGUUACACACACGACGUUUGUGGCAUUUUUCCUUCCGGUCACCCUGAUCUUUGAUUCUUUUCUAGAUGGACAUAGAUGAAGACACAGCUGAAAAAUUUUACCAAAAGUUGCUGGAACUGGAGAAGCACGUUAGAGGCACCAUUCAGAACACAGACACA